CAUCAUGAUGGACCCUGCAGUGGCGUGUAAUAACUGUGGCUUACCCUACACAUUGUCUGAGAAUAAUGUUAUAGGGAGGCUGCCCCAUGUGCUCUUCUGUGGCCACAUCUUCUGUGCAGAGUGUCUCCGAUCUCUGGAGUGUCCUCAGGACUCUAACUCCAUGUCCUCCAUCAGUUGCCCCGAGUGCACGAUGAGCACUGAAAUUGGUGAGGAAGGGGUUGAUGGUUUGCAAGUGGACAGCAGGAUAAUUGGCCUUAUCUACACAGCCAAGAUGAACUCCAAGAGGAGGUUAAAUGGAAGGGUUCUCCAUGGGGGAGUCAGACAGACACUUCGCAGAUUGAGGAGUCCAGCAGGAGACGUGUCUACCCCGAAGCAGCUUUCUGAAGAGGGUCCAGAUAUGGUGAAGAUUCUAAAUGAAGCCCUCUGUAAAGCAUCAGAAAACCUUAAUACCGUGGACAGCCUGUACCAGACUCUGGUUACAGGAAUUCAGUCUCGACUGAAGAAAGAGAGGAAUCGAAUCAUAAAGGAAAUUGAUGACUGCAUUGAAAAGGCAAUUGUGCUACUGCAAAGAAGACGUAGUGUGCUGGUGUCUGAACUGAGCUGUCUCGAGAAGCUCUUCUCAGCUGGGAGGGAGGAGUGUCAGAAACUGCAAGUGAGACGGAGAGAGUUACACACAGCCAUCCAGAAAGCACGACAUGUUCGCCAGGUCCCGUUGCUGGAGACUUACUGCCAUCUCGAUGAGAUUCUGGAGACUCUGCAGAGCCCUGUGGACACAGAAUCGUACGAUAUGAGCUGCCUCACUCUGCGUUCAGGUCUUGGGUGCAUUAUCAAUGAAGACCAUGUGAGAGACUGCCUGGAAGGCAAUUUUAAGCUUGUGUGUGAGGAGGUGGUCAUCCCUCCUGCGUCAGAGCAUGUCGAACAGCCAGUGAGGAGUGGAGGUUCAUGGGAAAGGAGAGGCGGUAGAGACAGUCCUCGAGUGCCUGUGUUUCCUCGUCCAGCAUCCCCCAAACGCAUCCAUGCUCCAAGUCCUAAUGUUAUUAUAGAGGAAAUCAUUGAGGAAACAGUUGCUGAUGAGGAGAGCGAUGUAAUGGUCCAGGAAUACAAGCCUGCAGAGAAACAAAGGGUGCCGAGAAAGAAUCGCAAGGCACUGCCAGACAGGAUCGCUGUCUCUCAAAGUGGUGGAAUCACAUUGCAGAAUUGGGUUGCGGUGACCCACAUAAUCAACCCGACACAUUUCUACGUGCACUAUAUGGCUGAGCGCAAAGCAAGAGUCUUGCUGGCCAGCAGGAUUAACAGCAUCUGCUCUGGAGAAUGCAGCCACUUCACUGUAAAGGACCAAAUCAAGACCGGAGCACUGGUGUUUGUGAAGUGGAAGGAUGACCUCUGGUGUAGAGCACUGGUAUGUGAGCUGAUCCAGAAAGGCUGUCUGGAGUGUGUGACUCAGUGCUCAGCAAAUGAUCUUGCACGCCUGGAAGUGUUCUUUCUUGAUUAUGGCUUCUCUCAGGGACUCACCAUUUCAGGGUGAGGAGAUGAUCUUGUUAGGCUAAAUGACUGUGUUCGGAGAGCUGAUUCUGCUGCCCAGGCAGACCUGAAUCGGUGGGCUCCUCAGGCCAUUCGGUGUUCCCUGAAAGACAUCAUUCCUUCAGACUUGGUAAAAGGUUGGAGCAGGGAAGCGUCUGAAGAGAUGAAGCGUGUGAUUGGCUCAAGUGUUGUGGACAUGCAGGUGCUUGGUGAGGAGAGAGACACUCUUCUGGUGGAUCUGAAGAAAGGGUCAAUGAACACGUCACUUUCUCUAAGAGAACACCUUGUGUUCAUGGAGCUUGCCAGGUUCUAUUUCCCCCAGGUGGCCUCUGCAGGCAGUAAGACGCUGCUGUUUUAUCCACCGGUGUAUCCCAAACUGAACACGGAGCUCAAUGCUGUGGUUUCCCAUGUAAACACACCAUCAGACUUCUACAUACAGAUAGUGGACAAUAUGGAGUUCCUGCUACUAAACACACAACUGCAAAACUGUUACGGGCUUCCUGGAGCUGAAAGUGACCUUCAGAUCUACUCACCUGUUCUAUCCCAGGCCUGUGUUGCCCUCUAUGAUAACAAGGACUGGUGCAGGGCUCAAGUCACAGGUUUCCCUGGUGGACGGAUGGUGGAAGUCCAGUAUGUAGAUUUUGGCAACAGAGACACUCUGUCUGUUAAAGACCUCAGACAAAUAAAGGACGAGUUUUUUGCACUGCCAGCCAUGGCGCUGUGGUGUACUCUGGAUAGUGUUUUGAGUGCAGGAGAAACUUGGAGUGAGGAGAGCAUUGACAUCUUCCGGAAACUGACAGACCAGAAAUUGGUCGUUGUAGUUGCAAAAGAACUUGUACCUGUUUCCAAGGCGAUGCCUGUAUGUCUGUUUGAGGUCAGCGAGCAUUCUACUGAGUGUUUGUCCAACAUCGGAGAAAUCUUGGUGACAAAAGGGCUGGCCUCUCUGACCAAACAAGUCUCACGUAAGAAACCUGUCCCACUGGAGCAUACAGUUUGGGAUCCCCCACUGGAGGAAGAGUGCUCAUCUCCGAGCAAGCCAACACUUCCUACCCUUGACCCUUCAGCACUUCAGCCCGGUUUGAUCCUGCCAGCUUGUCUGAAGGAUGUGAAAGUGAAGGUUACCCAUGUGACCUCCCCUGGAAAUAUCUGUGUGCAGCUGCUUCAGUAUGACACUCAGCUAAAGAGGAUUCAUGACUUCCUAAAAAAAGAGUAUUCGAAGUCUGAACCACAGGAAAUCAUCUGGAAAGCGGAGACGCUUUGUGCUGCUAAUGUGAAUGGUAUUUGGGAGAGAGGAAAGGUGUGCAAUGUGUCAUCCAGCAAUGUUGCAGAGGUGCUGCGCUGUGACUUUGGUAAUAAAGUGAAGAUCCAUUUGAGUAGCCUGAGGCCUCUUCUCCCAGAGUUGGUUGGCUCCUUUCUACUGGAGUGUUGCCUCAGUGAUAUAAGGCCAGCUGGUGGUUGUUCUACCUGGACGGCUACAGCAUGUGACUUUAUUUCCUACUACCUCACUGGUGCCAUGGCUAUAAUGACCAUCAAGGAGCCCUCCUCUGUCAGACCAGUGCCCGUCUCUUUGUUUUGCUCCAACAGAGCAGGCCGGCAUGUCAGCAUAGCCGAUUUCCUCAUCGCAGAGGGUCUCGCACUGCGAGAAAGAAGUGUCAAACCUGCACCAAAGUCAGGAUCUGACUUGUCUGACGACCCAAGUUGUGCAUUAGAUGAGACCGUGUCCCUAGAAGAGACUGCGCGUGAAGAGAACAGUCAGAAUAAUAAAUUGUCAGCUCCCUUUCACACACCUUUGCCCGUACCUGCCCCACGCAUCAUGCCUUCACCAGAGAGAGUGAGAACCCAGGCCUACUUACCCCCAGAGUUGCCCCCCUGCGGGGACGCAUGCAUGAGCAUCCCUGCUGUCUCUGACGACGGAGUCAUCCACGUUAUGACACUACAGGCUGUGUGUGAGUUUGAGCGCUUGCAGGAGCAGCUGCAGCAGCACAUUAAGACUUUGCCCAGGCAGAAGCACUAUAAAUGGAAGAAUGUAUUGGGAUGUGUUGUCAUGGGCUCGGACAUGCUGUGGUAUCGUGGACAAGUCCAGGAAGUGAUCGGAAGCUAUGUGAAGGUGUGGUAUGUGGAUCAGGGGAUUGUGGAGAAUAUUCCAGUGUGCCAUGUGUAUCCAACGGUGCUUUGUGAGAAUGUUCCUCAGCUUUGUGUGCCUUGCCAGAUAAAUGGGGUACUUCCGGUGGGAGGGACAUGGCAGUGGGACGCAGUGGCUCUUAUGAAGGAGUUGCUGCUUGGCCGUAUGGUCACCGUUCAUGUUCUUGAGCUGCCAGAGGAUCCACGGGGCUUGGUUACUGUGGAGAUGAUACUGGAUGGGAUGUCACUAAGCAAAAUCAUGCUGCAACACCAGCACGCCACGUUUAACCUGUCUGUCGACAGCCCUAAGGAUUAUGUGGUGAAACCUCCAGUGCCUGAUUUGGAUGACUGGGACUUGAACGCUGAGGGCUUGGAGGAACCCCAGACCAUGUUAGGGGUGUACACUGACCUCAAGCUUCCAGACAGAGGGAAGUCCUGCUGGGUCAAAAUUAAGCACAUUCGCACCCCUAAAGAGGUUUUUUUGAGUGUGCUGGAUCCACCAGCUUGUGAACAAGAACAGGAGUCUCUAGACGAAGCCCUGAGCCAAGUGAACAAUGACAUCGACACUUUGCCCCUGCUGACAGACUUCCCUAUUGAGGGUCCUUGUCUAGCCGAGUACAGUGAUCGUAAAUAUUACCGUGCAAAGCUGCUUGGCUUUUCUCAGCUCUACCCCAGCAUCCAGCUUCUUGUGAGACAUGUGGACUUUGGCUCAGAUGACAUUUUGCCAUUAAGCAAACUACGUUGUCUUCCCAAGACACUGCUCCGUUUCCCAUGUGAGGCGAUGUGUGUUCAGCUGGCAGGCUUCAAGGCCGCGCGUCUGUGUCAGGAGUUGGAGCGCAUUCCCUAUCGGCCAGAGUGGAGUAUGAAGGCCAUGCUGGAGAUGAUCGACCUGCUGCAUGGAAAAUUGCACGCUGUGGUGAGGGCUGUAGAGCCACAGCCAACUGUGUUGCUGUACAACGCAGAUGGAACUUUGGUCCAUACUCCUCUAGUGGAGAAAGGCCUCGCUGAUUAUGAUGAUGAAACGGAAUAAAGAAAGUUGUACUGCUGAAAAUGCAGCUUCAGAAAGACAGUUUUAUGUUCUUACCCUUUUGUUGUUGAGUUUAUUUUGAUGUUGGUAUUUUAAGUUAAUGCAGAUCCCUGGAGAGGC